ACUUAACAAAUUGCCUAUACACACUGAUAGACAAAACUGGAGUGCAGUACCUGUGCAUUUUGUUACUUGCCUGCUAAUUAAUAAAAUCCCUUGGCAUGGCUGUGUGGGACCUUGGUGAUUAGGAUAGCUUUCUGUGGAACAACCGUGGAACAGUUUUGUUCUGUGGAUCCCAGUCAGUCUGCCACCCAACUAGCAGCUUGGUUUUUUGGGAAGGUGAAGUUUAGCUUGCUUUUUAUUUGUUGUUUAGCUUCAGGUGUUCUUGUCCAUCCUUUUUGUAUUUGGUAACAAGACUUGUUGGGACCUCAGUGAGCCUUAGGCUUAGUAAGUUGAAAUGACGGCUGAGGGAAAAGGGUAGUGUUGGCAUACCAAAUGUGUCAACCUGAGGCUAGGAAAGCUGUGAUCCUUAUCUGUCCAAUAGAACCACUGGAUUCAAAUACUACAGAACCCUUGAACUUUAUUGGAAUAGCUGGAAAAGAAGGCUCUGUCUCCUGGGGGAAAGAAAAAAAAAACACCAAAAAGCUAUAAGCAAGUGCCUUAAAACUCAUCUGUGUUGUACAUGGUGUGUGCAGACCCUUUGCCAAGGCCGCAAGUAGCCUGUACUAAAGGCAAACUGGACAUGACUGUCAGUUUUCCUGUGUGGAGCCAAGUGGAAGUAACCUGGAUGGUCUUGAGAGAGAUGAGCUGGAGACUCUCAAAACUUAGAGAGCUGCCUAUUGCUCAUAUAUAUUGUUCGGAAGAUUCUCAAGUGUCUCUCAGGGAUUUCUCAGAUUUUGAUUUCAGCCUGUUCUGAAUCUGGUCUUUCCUUAGCAUACGUGUUUUGGGUUAGAAAAGAAGCAUCUAGAGAAUUUGGGGCAGAAGCAGCUUUUCUUUGCCUAUGUUUGAAUGGCUGUGCUAUUGUUGGUAGGGCCAGGAGGUGAUUAUAGUUACAGUUGUCUCUCCAUAGCUCAAAUUUGUUUUCUUAAACAGUAAAGAGAAAGGGAGGGGUGGAAGGGUUUAUUGCAGAAUGGACUGCAGUAGUAACUGAAUUGUCAAAGACUUCAGAAGAAUAGGGGUAGGAAACUAAAAAUGUCCUGAAAUUGUCAUUGAAAAGUUUCGUAUUAUGCUGUACUAAAGAGCAUCUUGUCUACUUCCAGCACUUCAAUUUGUUAAAACAGUGUUUCUUAAAAUUUAGUUAGUGCUUAGUGCUUGCUUGGCUGAAUGAUAAAUUCAGCAUCACUUGAAUUUUCUCUCUUAUUGGUAAUAGGGUUGGUCAUAAAGCGUGUGUCAUAAGAAUCUCUUAAGAUGCUGUGUGGUGUUCCUUAAGGCGUGUAUCUUAGUCUUAUUAUCUAACUAGAGACAUGGCAGACCUCAGAGGGAUACUUGUCUAAUCUAGUCUAGAUUUUGGGGCUUAAUGUAAGCAAGCUCUAAACUUUCUUUGAAAGCUGAUACAGGUUUAGUAACUAUAGGCUCUGUGGUAUGCUUGAAGAUGUGUUAUCUGGACUUCUCUGCAAAAAAAAGAAAUUGGUCACUGGGGAGAUUCAUACUGUCACUUCUUUUCAGAAGCGGAGAAUGAGAAUUAGCUGGCAAGAAAUUCAGUGUAAUAAGUGACACUUUACAGAAACGUUCUGGUGCUGCAGUUGAAGGAUUUAGAUAACUUCAAAAUCCUACUUAGGUUGUGUUGCUAAAGUGCUAUUUUGCUUUGUAUCUGAAGUAUUUCAUUUAUCCUCCAUACCACAGAAAUAAUCACUGAGGAUGAUGAAAUGUAUCUACAAGAUUUUCUAGUGCUGGUGUACCUCUAGUUUAUUUCUUAGCGUGCUGAAGAAUAGUGAAGUAAAUCUUUAACACUCAUCCACUUACAGACAGAGUGAACACAGUAGGUAGUUUCCGGCAGUGUGUGUGUAACCAAAGACAUGUAUUUUUAGGUUACUUUCUCCUAGUAGCAGCUGAAUUCCUGUAUUUCAGCUUCUUGGAAGAUUUGAGGUGAAACUCAACUCUUCAUUUCUGUCUGUUUUUGUUUCAAGUACAGGUAAAACCUGUAUUUCCAGUAUAGAAAACUCUUCUUUGCGUAGAACAUGCUUACAUGACUAAUAACUGAUUUCUGUAUGGCACUCGAAUUGCAUAAAUAUGACUGCAUCUUGUAAUACAGUAACUGGAAUUGCUGCAGUUCAUAUUUACAGUUGCGAACAAGGUAAACAUUAUCUCACUUUUUUGAACACAGGAUAGUUUGUUUAUUCCUUAUGUCAUUAGUGUUUCUUUCCAAUGAAUCAUCUGAACUAGUCUUUGAGACUGCUCCAGGCUAAACUGGCUGAACACCGCAGAUAGCACUAAUGCUUUAUACCCUCAUUAGUUUUGUCACUGGAAAGACCUUUUAUUUUAAUUUAAUUUGAUAUUUGCAAGGUAUCGCCUUAAAUGCGUGAUAUGUAGAACAGCUGACAAGUACUUUUUGGUAAAUGGAUAAAGAAAAAAUGUACUUCUUUCCUCUUUUGUUGGAGCAAAUGAAAUUCAAUUAUGACUAACUUGGAUUUUGUGGAUCAGUUCACACUGUACUUAAGCUUCUAACUUAUGUGGGAAAACAGUAAAGUUUUGGAUGACAUUAGUUAAAACAUAAUUUCUGUGUUAGUAUUUAAAUCUUGAGGUGUCCUUGUUUUUCAGAUAAAGCUGAGAUCAACUAGGUACCUUCUUUCCUGAAGGGGCUUUAGUGGUUAGUCAUUAGAUAAUGGCAUUGGAGAAGUUAAGCUGCCAUUCAUCACAUCUGCACUUUUACAGAUGAAUCUAAUUAUCCAAUAAAAUUGCAUUGUAGUUUUUUUUUAUGGAUGUAAAUUAAAGAUAACUGGUAAACUACAAGCAACAGACAAUGUCUUCUAAUUCAGUAAUCAACUUGUGGAGUGAUCACCUCCUUCAUAUGAAUGUUUUAAAGCUGUAGCAGUGUUCAGAGUGCUCUGCAAAUAGAAGAACUUGUUUGUUCAUUCCUUCAUGCUACUAUUGUUUGGUCACUGCUCCUCCAGAGAGAAAGAAUAAAGCUGGCAAAGAAUUAAAUAAUGACAUUGAGGCACACCUGAAUACUGCUGUUCAUCUUGUAUGAAUUUAAGCAUGGUGGCUGGAGUGAGAGGUGAAAUUAUUAUCCUUAAUGAAGUGACAAUAGUAAGGUAAUCAAGAUUGUGCCAAGAGGUGAAGUGAUGGUGGAGAUUCUACUGAUGAAAAAAACAGUUGGUUAAUCAGUAUUCUUUUAAUGUUGUAGACUCUAAGAAGUUAUGCUGAUAUUCAGCUUUGUGUAGUUGCAUCUCUUGAUAGUUUAGUGCUUGUUGAAAACUAUCUUAAAUCCAGUGCUGUCCACAGCCCUUAGUUCUCCAGUGGUGUUCCAGGAAUGGCAGCAGAGAAUCAUGUUUGAAUUCUUAGAAACAGGAGGGAUUACUGUAGGGCUUGUGCUCUAAGAGGUGCUCACAGUCUUUUGAUCUCAUUUGCAACUGUGAUUUGAAGACCUCCUAACAUUUUCCUACAGUGUAUCUUUUAUUACAGGUAUGGUUUAGACUAUUGUGUAGUUAGUUGACAAUAUUAUGAAGCAUAGUUACUUAUCUGACUAGUAACAGAAUAUUAUUGUAGGACUGUUGAAGUAAAUGUAUGGACAUCCAACUACUUCCUCAUAUGGAAGCAGAAUGUGUGUCGGGAUAAGAAAUUCAGGCUAGUACCUGUAACCAGCUUGCACUAGAAACCACAGCUAACAUAGCUUAUGCUUUUGGCCAGGGCUUUUUUUUUUAUAUAUUUCAUUUUUACUACUGCCUAAGGAUAGCAGCUUUUGUGAAGCCUUUGUUUUUCCAGGUCAUCUCAUGCUUCUGCGCGAGAGAAAAGGAUUCAGAGGGCAAACGUUUUUGUCAGUUAAAAGCAUUGUGGUAAAUGGCCUAAUUAACAUCAGUAUAUCAACAAUUGAGAAGCGCUAUGAGUUGAACAGCUCCCUUACUGGCUUGAUAUCUGCAAGCUAUGACAUUGCUUUUUGUGUAUUGUCAUUGUUUGUAUCUUUCUUUGGAGAAAGAGGGCACAAACCACGAUGGCUGGCUUUCUCAGCUUUUAUGCUAGGAUUGGGCUCACUUGUAUUUUCCUUACCACACUUCAGUAGUGGAAAAUAUCACUAUGGAGCUAAACUUGAAGAUACAUGUCAAAUUUCAGGAGCAAGCUCUGCUAAUUUCACUUGCAGUGCCAGCACAAAGUCUUCACUUUCCAAUUAUCUGUAUGUCUUUAUACUGGGACAGCUGCUGCUGGGAGUUGGAGGAACUCCACUAUAUACUUUGGGGACAGCUUUUAUUGAUGAUAGUGUUCCAAAGCACACAUCUUCCCUUUAUAUAGGAAUUGGCUAUGCCAUGUCAUUGCUUGGGCCUGCUAUUGGCUAUGUCUUAGGAGGACAGCUGCUUAGUAUUUACAUUGAUAUCAAGAUCCCAGAAAGUACACAGAUGGACCAAGAUGACCCACGCUGGCUUGGAGCAUGGUGGAUAGGAUUCCUUGCAUGCUUUUUUGCAAUGUGGUUUCUGAUAAUACCAUUUUCUUGCUUUCCGAAAUACUUGCCAGGAACAGCAAAAAUACAGGCAGAAAAAAUCUCUGAAACCCAUAAUGAUGGAAGUGAGGCACUUGUUGAAGCAAAGAAUAUUGGAAAAAAUUUCAGAGACUUUCCUAUUGCUCUCCUGAUUCUGUUGAAGAAUCCAGUGCUUAUGAGUCUAAUAUUAGCCAGUACCUCAGAAGCUCUAGUUGCCACUGGCUUUGCCACAUUCCUACCAAAGUUCAUAGAAAAUCAGUUUGGAAUGACAUCAAGUUUUUCAGCAACUCUUGGAGGGCUUGUAUUAGUUCCAGCAGCAGCACUAGGCCAAGUCAUAAGUGGCAUCUUGGUAUCCAAGUAUAAAAUGGAUUGCAAAAACAUGAUCAAGUUCAUGAUAGGCACUUGCUCAGUUGCCUUCCUGUUAAACACAGUCUUUUUAGUUGCUAAAUGUGGAAAUGAACCUUUUGCUGGUGUUUCUGAAACAUACAAUGGAACAGGCAUGCUACAUAACUUAACUGCACCAUGCAAUGCUAACUGCAGAUGCUCCAGCUCCAGAUACUACCCUGUUUGUGGCAGAGAUGAAGUCCAGUACUUUUCUCCAUGUUUUGCAGGAUGUGCAUCGUAUAAUCUUAAUAACAAGAAAAAGACUUACUACAACUGUUCCUGUAUUGGGAAGCUGAAGAGAGAAAAUAUUUCAGAAGACUUUCUCUCUGAAGCUGUACCUGGAAAAUGUCCAACACGAUGCAAACAUUUACCUUUAUUUCUGAUCUAUUUCUUUUUUGCUGUUGUUUUUACAUUUAUGGCUGUUACUCCAACUACUGUGGCAGUUCUCAGAUGUGUGCCAGAUAAGCAGCGCUCAUUUGCUCUUGGAGUGCAGUCAGUGUUUCUACGACUACUAGGUACUGUUCCUGGACCAAUUUUGUUUGGUUUUGCAAUAGAUAAUAGUUGUUCUCUGUGGGAUGUCAAUGAAUGUAGAACUAAAGGAGCCUGUUGGGUUUAUGACAAUGAAAGAAUGGCAUAUCUUUUGAUGAGCAUAAGCGCUGCUUGCAAAAUCAUCACGAUCAUCUUUGUGGUUGUAGCAGUGUUUUUGUAUAAGCCUCCACAACCAAGACCAGCUCUGCCGCAAAAGGAUUCAGAAAUGGUAUCUGCUAUACAUGCGUAAAUUGUGAGCAAAUCAGUGACUUUCAAAACAAACUAAUAGUAAGCUCCACUGUGUACAUUUGAAAAAAGACCCUUAAAUUCCUAGUCUCAUUUUUAAUGUUGAAUUUAUAACUUGAAUGAAAUGUGAUAGAGUAUUGCAAUCUCUGUUCUCCUCCAGGCCCUCCCUCCCACCUUACCCACCCCCACCCCCAUCCAAAAAAAAAAAGAAAAGGUAACCUGAACUAGACUGACUGACUGUGAGCCAUGUAUGUGGAACCUGGUUCAUUGAAGGGAACUUUCACUGUUUAAAAUGGGGAUUAUUUUAAUGUGUACAUUGUAUCUAACAUACUAGUCCAGACAAAUUUUGAGUGUAGAUAUACCAGGGGAUGCGCAAGUAUGGACAUGUAAAAAUAUUUAAAACAUGUUACCUUGAUGGUGUACGUUCACUUUCUAGUAUUUGUAGAAAACUGUAAAUAGUUACAGGUAGCUGCAUUUGUGACAGCAAAAUGUUAUUUAAGUGCCUUAGUUUCUAUUUGAAAUCUAUAUAGAAAAAAUGUUGUCAAGCUCCUUUCUUUAGGCAUAGUUAACAUUUUUUUUCUAUAAAACUUUGAAAAUAAAAUCUAUUUUCUUACAA